AUGUUUGCUAUUUUACGUUGUCAAAAUUAUAUUAAUUUAACUAAAGAUCAACAGAAUAUGUUUCUUUUGGGAAUUAUUUCAACAUCAACCAGAAAUUCAAUAACCUCAACUAGUGAUUAUAUGACAGCAAUAUGCAAUAAUGCUUUUUUAAAAUUAUAUAAUUUAUCAUAUGAUAGAUUAACUGCUUUAAAGAAUCACUAUAAAAAUAAUGAUAUUGUACCAAAGGUACAUUUGAAUAAAGGAAGGAAUGUUUCUCAUAAGCUCUCUUUUGAAACAGUAUUAAAAGUGCUUACUUUUUUAAAAAGUUAUGCAAAUUUGAAUGGUUUACCAUCACCAGGUCGCCAUUUUGAAAGAGCUACAAAAGCAAUUAUUUAUUUACCUACAAGGGAUAACUACACAGAAAUACAUGAAAAAUUUUUAAAUGAUAUUGGAACUGGAUCAGAACAUCAUAUUAAUAUUAAUUCAAUUAAUUUGGAUGAUGAAUUGAAAAUCAAAGAAGCAAUAGGGUUAAGUGCUUCUAGACAAUGGUAUUUAUAUGACCAAAUACGAGAUCUAGUGCAAAAUCCCAAUAAAAGAAAUAAUAUUUGUCCAAAACCUUCUGUACCUAGACAUUAA